UAUUUAUUGUAAUCUUUUGAGUGGGCAUGGUAUUAAAAAUGGUGAAAAAGAAGAACUCAAUCCAAAAAAAAGAAAAAGUUAAAGUAAAGGUUAAAAAACAAAAUCGUUCAACAAUUACGAACCCUAAAAAAGUCGAGAUUAUUGAUGGAGUGAAGCUUUAUCUGAAAGAUAGUGGACAACAAUUGACUUCUACAAGUAAGUAUAAAUGUGUUCGAUUGAGAAGGAGAAAAUACUCCGAUGAGAUUCAAGAUCCAUUUGUUAAGAAAAGAAUAUGGUUAGGUACUUUUGAUACUGAAAUACAAGCUACUAAGGCUUAUAGUCGAAAGAUGGACGAGUACGAAGAAAAGAAGUUAGCUGAAAUUACGUCGUACAAGGAAGAUGUGAAAUCACGUAAUAACUAUGAUAAUCUGAAGACGAUGAGUAUGAAGAAAAGAAGUUAGAUGAAACGGAGUUAGAUGCCCAUUGUGAUGUAUGUUAUAUUAUAAAUAAGAGAUUAAACUCUUAAUCUAUUAGGAUGAAUGAGAUUUUUAU